CGUCGUUACAUUUGUACGAUUUGCGCGCAAAAAGGCAUUGUUGAUUGUCGCCGGUGUUUGUAAAAAAAAUUGUUCGAGUGAUUAAUAAAUUAAAAAGUAAUACUCAAUUCAGAAUUAGUUCAUUAUUUUGCCAGAUUGUGUCUCAUUUGUUGAACAGGAUUUAUUCAGGAUUUAUUCAGGAUUUAUGAUUUACAGUUAUGUCUUCAUCAUCAAGUUCUGAUCAUCGCUGUGAUCUGUCCGAAGAGUCUUGUUCUAAUCUCAGCGAUAUUGAGCGACCAUCGACAAGUAAGAAAAAAUCAUCAAAAUCAUCAGUUUGUGUUGGGGACUCUCAUUCAUCGAGGGAAAAAAAUUCACAAUCUGUCAUUCCGUUGACGGUCGGAGUGGAGUUUGAUUCUAUUACUCAACUUGAAGAAUCAGUCGCAGCUUUUGGGAAAAAAGUUUAUUGUGUUUAUUAUAAACGCGAUAGCACAACUAUUGAACAGUGCAAGAAUAGGGGUAUUUCACGACCGUUAAAUGCUAAUUUGAAGUACUACCGAUUGGUGUACAGAUGUAUUCACGGAGGAAAAACAUUUAAAUCGUUGACGAAAGGCAUUCGAUCUUCAUCGACGUUUCAACAAGAAUGUCCGGCUAUGAUUUCUUUCAUUUGCAACCGUGAUGGAAACAAGCUGGUGCUAAAUAAAAUGAUUAAUAAUCAUAAUCAUAUCUGUGCGAAGAAAUUGUACGAUUUUUUGCCGCAAGUUCGAGCUAUGACAACAGAUGAAAAGACUCAAGUUAAAGAGUUGUUGGAUAUUCGUGCAGAUAAAAAAAUGGUCAAGCAAAAAUGUGGCUAUGAUUUUGAUAAGAAAAUUUUGCUCAAAGAUUUGUCCAAUCUUAUCUCGCGAAAAGGAGGCCAAAAUAAUUUGAAAAACACAGUUGAAAAACUUGAAAAAGAAUACGGAGCUGAAUGCCACAUAUUUGAAGAAGAUAAAGAAAUGAAGGGUCUUCUUUUCGCAACACCUCAUAUGAAACAAUCAAUGGCUGCAUAUUUCGAAUUUGUGGGUAUCGAUGGAACAUUUAAGCUUCUUAAUAUACGGGCUCCUGUUUAUCUGAUGGUAGUAGAAGAUUCUGAAGGGAACACCGAAAUCGUUGCUGUUUGCAUCCUUGUUAACGAAGACGCGGAAAGUAUGACUUGGUUUCUUCAAGCGUUCAAAAAAAUCCAUCCCUCUUGGUCAAAGACUAGGUGCAUCAUGGCGGAUAAGGAUUUGCUUGAAAGAAGAAUCAUCAAAGAAGAAUUCAAAAAUGCCAAUGUUUUGAUAUGUACAUUUCAUUCUCUGAGAACUUUUAACAGAGAGGUGAGCUGCGAAAAGUUGCCUAUCACACCAGAGCAACGAGAUGCGGCAAAAGGACUUUUUCAGAAAAUGCUAUACUCUGCGACUGAAUCAGAGUAUAUGCGUUACUACAAAGAAGUUGAAAAGUUGCCAUUGGCAAUCGUAAACUACUUCAACAAAAAUUGGCACCCGAUUCGCAACGAGUGGACGUUGAGCAACGAUUUUAUGCAAAGUACAUUCUUGAAUACAACAAACAAUCGAAUCGAAUCAUUAAACGCUAAAGUUAAAAGCGUUGUCAAACUAUACAGCACGUUAGAGGAGUUCAUCGAAAGCUUAUUCAUUCUUAUCACGUGCUUAGAUUCGGAACGCGAUUCCAAGGCUGCGUAUAAUUAUCAGAAAAUGUUGGUGAUACCGUAUGAAAAAGACACUACAGAGUGGCUUUAUUGUCGUUAUCUUACGCGACGCGCAUUCAAAUUCGUUAGCAAGGAAUUGGAGAGUUUCAGACGUGAGAAGAAUAUUUUUACUGAACAGGAUGAUGAUCACUUUGAAUUUCGAUUGGGUGCUUCGACCGUUGUUGCUUCUGAAAAUUCCUGCGAUUGUCCAUCGUUUGCGUCCAUGAUGUUGCCGUGCCGGUUGAUAUUUAACUAUAAUCGAUCUUUGGGACUUCUUCAUUUAUUUCAGAAAUUGUUCGUUAUUUUUGUGUUUUUUGUUUUUAGCCACAUUUUUAUUGUUAGAAAACAAUUAGGCUGCGAUCUUUUUGAUGCUAAUAUCUGCGCUCGUCGAUGGACUCAGCAGUAUUACUUCCACACGCAACGAGUUUUUCAAAACGAGAGGAUGGACGAUGAAGUUAUUUCCGGUGCAGUUGUUUCCUCGAAACCUCCAAAACGUCACGUCUCUACAGAAAAUCAGCGUUUCCGAAUGAUUCGAGUUAUAACGAAUGACCUCAAUAAUCUGGGCUGCGAAGUGUCUGGCGAUUUAUUUUUUCGGCGACUUGGAUUGUUGAAUAAGAUAAGAAAAGCUUGGGUCGAAAAUUGCGAAGUCGAUGUUUCACCAGUUCCGACAAUUGUUUCGAGUUGUUCAAAUGUCACACUUCCGACUAUCGUUUCGAGUUGUCCAAAUGUUACAUUUUCGACAAUCGUUACGAGUAGUUCAAAUACCACACUUUCGACAAUUGUUACGAGUAGUUCAAAUAUCGUACUUCCGACGAUCGUUACAAGUACACCAAUAUCGUCGGGUUUCCGACAUGAUUCUCACUUUGACGAAGUUUUUGACGUAACUAUGAGCGAGAGUUUACCUUUUGAGGAAAUUGAUGUAAAUCAAAAUGCAGUAAAGCGAAGCAUCGAUUGCGGUGAGGUUGAUGAAGGAAAAAACGUGAAUCGGAAUGCAGUAAAGCGAAGUAUCGAUUGUGGCGAGAACGAUGAAGGAAAAAACGAAGACUCAUGUUUGGAAGAAGCCGAUACGAUUCGCUCGGAGUCAAACGUUGAUCUGAACAAUAUAGAGGUACCUUGUGCUUUGAAACGCAGAGGACGUCCAAGAGGAUCAUUAAAAACUAUUAUUGGGCUUCCCAAAAAACGUCGCGUGCGAGCUCAAUUGCGAAAAUGUGCGUUUUUCAAUAUGCGUCUCAAAGAUCGAGCUUUUUUUCUUUUAAAAUGUUUGGUGGAUGAGGAAACUGCAUUCUCUGCUAUAGAGCAUGGUGUAGUUAUCGAGGAGCAAAAGGUCCAGACGAGACCGAACGAGGUUCUUGAUGCAGUUGCUGACGCAGAUGUCAAUAUUGAAUCAAUUAAAAGAUACUUUUCUUCUGAUGCAUGGAAAGUUGUCGAACACAUUAUCACUUAUAAAAAAGAAAAUGAUGUUUUUUUAUGCGCUAUGUGCACUCGUGAUUUAGAUUCCACUGUUGAUGAUGGAUCUUUUUCAUCGAAUCAAAAAUUUUCUGUACGCUGUGACUAUUGUAUGUCAUGGUAUCACUUGACAUGUGUUUCGUUGAAAAAACCGCCGACAAAAAAAAUUUGGAAAUGUCCUCAAUGCUAAUAGAAGUUCAAUUUACUUCGUUUUAUUAAAAAGCAGUUUGUUUUCUAUUUUCAAUCGAUAGAAAUGUAAUAGCUUAAGUUACAGCUUUAUUUCUAAAAUUAAGGAUGGGUUUUGUCAAAAAACAUGUGAUAAAGUAUUCUUAAGUUGAUGAUCUCAAAUAAAUUUAAACUUUA